AUAUUAUACUGAAAGAAGAAUAGUGCGUCUAUUUUAGUACGUGGUAGUUACCCCAGAACCUGGAAAUAUGUCCGGCGCCAAGAAGACCGGGGCCGCACCGCUGGGAAGCUUCGAUGAUCGCCAGAGCCGCGGCUGCGAGUCCCUUUAUCAGUUACUCCCAGUCUCCCACACCGUAUACGCCUCUAGCACCCGCAAUUGUACAUCGUCGCGUGCGGAGUAGGUUACCUAUUUUGGCCUACUCGGGCUAUCUGUCUGACUGCAGAGCUCCCAGUUCCCAGUUCCCAGCACUUACGCCCUCCCAGCUUCCUAUUGUCCACUUCCUCGACCCUUGAUCUUGGUCCCCCCCCCCAAUCUAUCCAUCUCAUCCCGAUCCCGUGAAUCGUGUCUAUCCAUGAAUGGUGGCCUCCCGCUUGGACAACAUCUGGCUCUUCCUGAUUCUCUGGCGCUCCCUGCGCUCCCUGCGCCCCCUGGAUGCCGCGCUCUCUAAGCUCUUGGUGAUUUUCCAGAUCUUCCUGAUCGCCGUGUUCUUCGUCUCGUUGUCGAUCUCAGCCAGAGGCAAUCUUACUACUUCAGUCGCCGCUUCCGGUCCAUUAUCCUCAAAGCCGGCAUGGCCCUCCGAGGUCUUGCAUCUUUCGUUCGUCUGCCCUUUUCCACAU